UUCAGUUCAAAACUUUGCCACAAAUAUAUGCAAAACCUCAUGGCAUGUUUGGUCUGAUGUUUUCAUUGACUGUAGUCACUAAAAAAGUUUUCAAAAACAAACGAUAGGCUGCUCAUUGCGAAUUUAGGUUAACUAGAUUAAAAGAAAACUAAAUAUGAUAUAACAAUAAAACAUAAGUUUUACUUCCAAUAAAAGUAGCCAGCAGGGUAAAUAAACACGCACACACACACACACACACACACACACACGCACGCUCUCUCUCUCUCUCUCUCUCUCUCUCUCUCUCUCUCUCUCUCUCUCUCUCUCUCUCUCUCUCUCUCUCUCGGUCCUCCGGUGGCGGCUGUUCAGCGGUGUGAAGAAACAUCGGACGGAUCGGUCGAUUUCUGCUAAUCAAACUCACAAAUCAGUAUUUUAUAUCACUUGCAGGACUGUAUUCAUGAUUCAUUCAUGGAUGAUACGCUAUUUCUGGUCUUUCCGAGUUUUGUUUUUGAAAUGAGAAGCUGUUAAAGUCUUUUGACAGAUCUGUUGGCUAUACGAUCAGUUUCAGAUGACGAUGAUAUAAGACCAGAAUCUGACGAUAUCAAUCAGGAUUGGGAAUAUGGGAUGACUCAUCCUAUUGAAACAUCAGAUCAAAACCUAUUAAAUCCUUUUUUUCUUCUGCCUUGAGUGGAAAUAUGGACUACAGCGGUGUUGCACGAGGUGUGGAUGUGGAGAAUAGUUUUGGACAGAAGAUUUGGCAGAACGUCCCUUCAGUGGUCCAUCUGGACCUCCUGUCUUCGAAAGGUUCUCCUCAGCUCCCGCAGAUGCUCCUGUCGCCUGUGUUUCAGGAUUCACACCCAGAACCACUAUUCACCCUCCUCUCUUUGAACAGAAACUCGCUGGGUUCUACAGCAGGUGCUCCACAAAUGUGUUUCACGCCCAGUCUUGAAGACAAUGGACAAGACGUAGAUUCCAGUCAUAACCCCAGCCCUCUGCGACAUGGGACUACAAGAGACUGUCAAGUGGACACCAAAUCACUUUCCUCAGAGCAAGUACCACAUUUCUUCAAUGCUUCAAAUCAGACAUGGGUUGACAGUGUGGAGGAAAUAGAGGAAGGGUUGAUGAUUCAGUCAUUGUGGCAUGUUUCCCAGCAUGUUUCAUUGGUGGAUCGAGCUGGACGUUUACAACAGAGGGUGUUGGCGAUGCUUGGCGAACAUGCUUCUAGACACUAUAGCCACCAACUGGAGGGUUUGAAGAGCAAACGUCUUGAAAAGCGUUGUUCCCCGAAGUACCCCAUGACAUCAGAGCAUAUUUUUGAGAGUUUUAAUGCUGUAGAGAUGCAGGAGGAGUAUCACGCUCUUGGAAGAAACCUUCAGCACCCUCAAGCACACGGCCAACCUCUGAAAUCCAAAGAUGUGGAAAAUUUAGUACACAGUGGCCAUACUGUUCUGCACAGGGUGAUGGAGUCUCUUGAUUCAGAUGCCACUGUUAGCAGCUCAGAUGAAGAGUGGGAACAUGAAGACACCAGAGGGACCUCAGUGGAUUCACACUGUCGUGUCUGUGAGUGGAGAUGGCUGAAGGACAGAGCUGAACUCUGCAGUCGCUGGACGUGGCUUCAGAUGAGACUCUCUGAGCUGGACUCUCAGAUUCAGUGGCUUGGAAAACUCCAGCAGCAGAUCCUUUCUAAUAAGGGUCAUGUGGUUUUAGCAGAGUCUCAGCCCCUGACUGACAGACAGAUCCAACACACCUUGUGGACAGAGACUAUGGAUCUAUCGUUCACAGCUGGCAACAUGCGAGAUUUGCACUCUGAUCCAGAGAUGGAGCCCAGCAGCCCCACACGCCUUCUGAGGAACAUUGAGAGACAGAGUGCACAGCUGACUCAGAUUGUGAACAGCCUAAUGCCAUCUUUGUGUGCCUCACCUUCUUCAUCACCUACGUCUAAAGGACCCUGCAAUCGCUGGAGAGGCCAAGAGAACACAACUUACAGCAGACACACGGGUGCCUUUGUUCCCAGCAGGCCACAGUGUUUACACAAAGUCAAGCAGAAGAGGAAGCGAACAUGUCACAGACGACAGUAUCUCCCUCACGCGGAUGUCACCUGUAUGUCAGCUCGGACUCGACCCCUUCUGACCUAUCACAAGCCUAGACUUUUCGUCAUGGGCCCGUUGUCUCAUAGAGAACAGGUCCUGCAGUCUUCCCCUUCUCUUUUUCCCAAUUGCGCCUCUUGUGAUCCUGCCUCUGUGUGCACAAACCCUGUCUGCAGAAAAGAGAGAACAGGCGGCAAAGUGCAUCAUGUUCUAUCACUGUCCUCAGAAACUCCAGCGUCAUUCCAUCUGCAAAAUGCUCUGUUUGAAGAAAAUGUGCUUCAGCAAUCUCUCCUCCUGAAUACUGAGCGCUCCAGUCCCCAUCACUGUCUCGGCUCCAGAGGCAGAGUCUCCCGAUCGUUGUUCCAUUGCAGUCAUCGACCAAAAAAUGGCAGGCAUUUGAAGAGACCCAGGCGGGAAAGCACUCCUAUACGACGGGCAUGUGCCCGAGAGCACCGCAGGCGAGCUUACAGGGAGGAGGGCAAGAGGAGGAGGCGCUGCUCUGACAGGCCAAUGGAUUUGCAGAUCUCCAGCAUUACUCUCAAGUCUGAUCUGAUCUCCCAGAGUGAUGACAGUCUUGUGGAGGAAUCUUUCGAGGACGUGACCGUCUCUUACUGUUCACCCAAACAACAGAGAAACUCACAGUUCCCAUUGCGCAGGAGGAACUGUGAGAGUGUUUUCAGCAUUGAUGACAUUGUCGUUCCCAUGUCUCUGUUCAACUCAGUGAAAGUGGAGCGUCUUCAGUAUAAGAACAUUUUGACACCCAGUUGGCGAAAGGUAGAUAUUUCUCCUUUACUGGAAAGAGAGGAUGAUGAUCAGGAGGAAGAGUUAGAAGAAAUAGAAGAUGAAGAUUUCAUUCAGAGGCACCAGAGUUAUGAGCACAGAGAGAAACUCUGGUCUUACUGGGAUCAGGACGGAAGAAACCAGAUCAGGAGAAGCUGUUCAUCUGUACCUGUGAGAGACUACCUUCCUCACCGUCACACAUCUGUAUAUUCUCCUGUCCCCUUCAGUCCUCCUGAAGCUCCGUCAGAAGCCAGUGUGGAAGACAGAGAGCCAUUGCCACCAUGGAAGAGGCGUAUGUUCCCUCUGACUGGCGAAGAUGAGGAAACUUUGAGACUUCCAGAGCACCAAAGCACAACAUCUGAUAGGGACCAGGAAAUGACAUCAUUCUGAGGCACAAUCUCAGCCAUCAAGGUUCCUCAUAAAUCACUCUUUCUGCUUUUAGGGAGUUAUGACAGACACAGUGUAGUAAACCGAUGUGUUUCCACUCAAAUUAUUUUUGUAUAAAUUAUUUUUUAAAGAUUUUAAACAGUUUGCAGUGUAAUUUAUUAAAUAUCUCAACCCAGCCAAUUAAAAGUAUAAACUGUAAGGAAUUACAUUAUUAAUUUAUGUUACCUAUCUUUCUGAUGUAUUUAUUUUAAUAUAAGUACAAGGUAUAUUUUUGUGCUCACAUUUUUGCAAGGAUGAUUUUCUUUUAACUCUCAAAACUCAUCUUUUUACCAUAAUUGAUCCAGUACUGGCACUGGAAAGCAGUGUAAAUUUACCUCAUACAAUAAAGUGAUUUAUCCUGCCUCA